UAUUGGGAGCGCUGGGGCCGGCGGAGAGUGACAGGAGGAGGCGGAGCGGGGCCGGGCCGGGCCGGCCGCACAGGAGAUUAAAUACUGUCUGGACUUGAUGACCAUAAAUUCCUGAGCCUGCUGAGCUCCCUGCUUCCCACCAUGGACCAGGAUUAUGAGAGACGUCUGCUGCGCCAAAUCAACAUCCAGAAUGAGAACACAAUGCCUUGUGUAGCAGAAAUGAGAAGAACCCUGACGCCUUCCAAUUCUCCCAUGUCUUCUCCUAGUAAGCAUGGUGAUAGAUUCAUUCCCUCCAGAGCUGGGGCCAACUGGAGCAUCAACUUCCACAGAAUAAAUGAAAACGAAAAAUCACCAAGUCAAAACAGAAAAGCAAAGGAUGCUACAUCAGACAAUGGCAAAGAUGGCCUUGCUUACUCUGCCUUGCUGAAGAAUGAGCUCCUAGGAGCAGGCAUCGAGAAAGUGCAAGACCCACAGACAGAAGACAGGAGGCUGCAGCCGUCCACCCCAGAGAAGAAGUCUCUCUUCACUUACUCGCUCAGCACAAAACGUUCCAGUCCAGAUGAUGGCAAUGAGGUCUCACCAUAUUCCCUGUCUCCUGUCAGCAACAAAAGUCAGAAGCUGCUAAGGUCACCUCGGAAGCCAACUCGGAAAAUCUCAAAGAUCCCUUUCAAAGUCCUGGAUGCCCCAGAGCUGCAGGACGACUUCUACCUGAACCUGGUGGACUGGUCCUCUCUUAACGUCCUUAGUGUUGGCCUUGGGACUUGUGUUUACCUCUGGAGUGCUUGUACCAGCCAGGUAACCAGGCUGUGUGAUCUCUCUGUGGAAGGAGAUUCAGUGACGUCUGUGGGCUGGUCAGAACGGGGGAACUUGGUAGCUGUUGGCACUCACAAGGGCUUUGUACAGAUCUGGGAUGCAGCUGCAGGAAAAAAGCUCUCCAUGCUCGAGGGCCACACAGCCAGAGUCGGAGCCUUGGCAUGGAAUGCAGACCAGCUGUCAUCUGGGAGUCGCGAUAGGAUGAUCCUUCAGAGGGACAUCCGCACCCCGCCCCUGCAGUCCGAGCGGCGGCUCCAGGGCCACAGGCAGGAGGUCUGUGGGCUCAAGUGGUCAACUGACCACCAGCUCCUGGCCUCUGGAGGAAAUGAUAAUAAGCUUCUUGUCUGGAAUCACUCCAGCCUCAGCCCUGUCCAGCAGUACACAGAGCACCUUGCAGCAGUGAAGGCCAUUGCCUGGUCUCCACACCAGCAUGGGCUGCUGGCCUCUGGUGGCGGCACUGCCGACCGCUGCAUCCGCUUCUGGAACACGCUGACUGGGCAGCCGCUGCAGUGCAUUGACACCGGCUCCCAGGUCUGCAACCUCGCCUGGUCCAAGCACGCCAACGAGCUCGUGAGCACCCAUGGGUACUCGCAGAACCAGAUCCUCGUCUGGAAGUACCCCUCGCUGACUCAAGUGGCUAAGCUAACAGGGCACUCCUACCGAGUCCUGUACCUGGCAAUGUCCCCUGAUGGGGAGGCCAUAGUGACAGGAGCUGGAGAUGAAACCCUGCGCUUCUGGAACGUCUUCAGCAAAACUCGCUCGACGAAGGAGUCCGUAUCUGUUCUCAACCUCUUCACCAGGAUACGAUAAACCCAACCCUGUGCACUGGGACCAGGAGACUGCAGCCUGCCAUACCAGGAUCAAACCACUACCUUGGUGUGCAUGGAACCCCAACCAACCAGCCAGAAGGGGAGGGAGUGCCAGUGGGACUGGAAGAUGGACCCAAGAGCUGCUCAUUAAAUAUGUGCUUGUGAACCAUGCUAGGCAGUGUUUGGGACGGGGUUGGGGAGGGAAGAGAACUGCCAAAGGUUUCUGGAUUCAUCCUUCAUAAAGGGCAAGGGGCACAGCAGAAAUGUCAAACCAGCACCCUUCAGCCCCUUGUGGAGUGGCACAGGCAUCUCUGACGUGGACCACCCAUGCCAGACCAAGGCCAUUCCAGCUGCUGUGUUGUCCCCUCUUGGGAGAGAUGGGAGCAUCCGUGCCUCUGCCUUGACAGGUUUAACGUGGUGCUCUGGCUCCCUCUGGCCUUGGACGGACACUUUGGAAGGUAGGAGCCAGCCAGACUUGUUCAAUACAACUGGUGCAAGGAGGCUAGACUCCAGGGUGGGCAUUAGCCUCUCUGGUUAUCUGAGGGCAUUGUUUCUAGCCUGGCAUCCCCAUUGCACACAGGAACUGGAGAACUGCCUUUUUUCUUUUUUCCUUCUCCAAAUAGGUGCUGCAGUGCUCGCUGCAGUGGCUCUCAGCAGAUAGCUGGAGUUUGGCACGUGGGAAGCUGCCUUCAAACACAGCUUUGGGCUCUAAACUUUGGAGGAAAGCUGAGGGUGCUCAGUCUCUGAGGAGCAUGUUCAUAAAGUUCUGGAAUUGCUAUUGCAUGUCCUGAGCCCACCCUUGUAGGUAACAGAGAGGAAAACCAAUGGCUUUAAACCAAACCAACCAACAAGUACCAUGCCUGCGGAGCUUCUCUCAGUGCCAUUCGUGGCUGGCUGCUUGCUCUGGAGUCUUCCUGAGGACAGAAGCAGUUGAUGUGUUCAAGAAAUCAAACAACCCUGUGGAGCUUUUUU